UCAGAUUCCGUCCACAUAAUUAGCGAUAUUCUGCUUGGACUUUGGAGAUAAAAAUCAAAUUUAAAAUACUUAGCACAAUGAAGGUGUUUACAUGUUUUAUAUUACUGUACUGGGCUAUCAUAAAUGUGAAAGGAGAUGAUUGUGACUGCAAACUCAAUGUAGGUCGGCAACAAUCAUUUUACGGUAGUCUAAGUCAGAGACUGGAGUCAGAGGAGAAACUUUUGGACAGCUUAGAGAAGCGCUAUAAAAGACUACAAGAUGAGAAUGCGUUAAAGCUGCAGAGGUUGAGUUCAUCUAAAUCUACUGCAGAGGGGCUGGCAGACACAGUGCAUAAACUAUCCGAUACAUGUCCCGAAGGGUAUAUCCGCUGCUUGGAAUCUGGUGAAUGCAUUCACGCUCUAUGGGGCUGUGAUGGUGUAAUAGAUUGCCUAGAUGGAUCAGAUGAAGAUCCGUUCACUUGCAUAAUGCCGUGGCAACCAGGAAUCAGGAGCCAAUGCAUUAUUCCCGCUGGUCAAACAUGUUUCCCCGGGGGUGGUGCUGUACAUUUAUUGGGGGAGGUUAAUAGGGUUGUUGGGAGUAAAUGGCUCCCACAGAUUGUUAGACUAGAGGGGGUGUUGCAGUAUUUUUAUAAUGAGACAGGCAUACAAAAAAGUGGCACAAUGAAAACCGUUUCAACAUAUUUCACUGCAAGUGGAAAACUUGAUUUAAAGUGGAACAAUGACGACUACGAUUUCAAAGGUAAAGCGGAUGUUGCGUAUUUUAUGGGAUCCUCGAGAAGUUACGCACACAUAUACAACGGAGUAGGCUACGACAACCUUUGUGGCGGAUGCUAUUUUCAACCUGCAAAUGCUUAGACCCAUGAGGCCAUAAGUUUAAAAUCUUUACAGUGAUCGCUGUAACUUAGAUUUUUGUUCUAUGAUUGACUCUGAUUUGGUGUCUAUUCAGUUGCUUUUUAUGUAUGUAUGGAAUAUUGUUGUAGACUUUACAAGAAGAC